ACGCCUUGCAGGGACUUCUUCAAUACGAGCGAACCGCCCACGGAUCGGCACGCAUAUCGAGUAGAACACAUAAAUUGAAGAGGGAAUGCAGACAAUAGCAUCUUCAAAUACCACUUUAGUACCCAUACAUGGCCCUUUCAGAUUCUCGAGUCUGGUUGAUUACAGGCAGCUCUCAGGGACUAGGCAAAGCCCUGCUCGACGCCGUUCUUGCUGCGGGCGAACGUGCAGUAGCAACGUUGCGAAAGCCGGGGCAGUUGGAAACCUUGAAGAACCAAUACCCUGCCUCGCAGCUCCUCGCCAUCCCACUGGACGUCACGAACCAGUCGCAAAUCAAAAAUGCAUUCGAAGAGACGAAGAAACAUUUUGGCCAACUGGAUGUCGUGGUAAACAAUGCCGGUUACGGACUCAGUAGUGAAAUCGAGACGACGCCAGAGGACGAAGCUAGGAGACAAGUCGAAGUGCUACUGUGGGGCCCUGUACAUAUUUGUCAACAGGCCAUCAGGUUCUUCAGGGAUGUGAAUCCAUCUGGGCAUGGAGGACAUAUCAUUAAUAUCACGUCGGUAGGAGGGUAUAACGGUCAUCCUGGAUCGGCCUUCUACCACACCGGAAAGUUUGCUCUUGAAGGCUUCACCGAAUCCCUCGCCCGCGAAAUGCUGCCAGAGUGGAACAUCAAAGCCACCAUCGUUGAACCAGGAGGGUUCCGCACUGAAUGGGCAGCGUCCUCACUCGUGGUUCUGCCUUCUCUUCCUGUCUACCAGCAAGAGCACGCUCCAUCCGAAGCCAUGAGACGUAUCCGCGACCCCAAACAUUUUAUCGGCGAUCCGACCAAAGCAGCCCAAGCGUUAUGGAAAAUUGCAGGUCGGAAGGACCUUCCGACGAGGAUCCAAUUAGGCACUGACUCCUUGUUGAUGGUAAGGUUGAAGGCAAAGAGAACUAUGGAGGAUACAUCGAAUCCGGAGUGGGAGGAACUUGCGCAUUCGACCAACUUUGACGGUGUGGAUAAGGAUAAUGUGUUGCAACGACUCGAGGCGGCAUGGAAGCGUUGAGUCUGUAGUGAAGAGUCUAGGAAUACCUGUGUAUAUGAACUGUUGUAUAGAACAAUGUAAGUAGGAAUACAGUGACGUAAUGGGGAAUAUAGUAGAAAUGUAUCCAAGAACAUGCUUGAGUCCAUGUCGGUCACUCAGUAGAG